GGCUGGCUGCUGUGAGGCGGCCGAGUGAGCAGGCGCUGCGCGGCUUUCCCGCCUACCUGGUGAUGCCUGAGGCGGCAGCGGUAGAGGCGGCAGAGGCGGCGGCGGGCUCCUUGCCGUUCCCUUCCUCCUGGUCGGGGCCGCGGGGCGGACGGCGGGUAGAGCAUCCGGGGCGCUGAGGGCGGCGGCGGCAGCGGCGGAGGCGGCCGCCCUCGAGCGCUCCUCAGCCGGCGGGGGCGGGAUGAGGUAAUGGGGGGGGCGGCACGUGAGGGGGCCGCUUCCUCCUCCUCCUCCUCCUCCCGCCUGACGGUGCCAUGAGCGCGCACGGGGGCUGCCCGGGGGUCGCCCGCCUUUCCCCAAGCCCCGCCGGGGUCCGAAGCCAGCCGUAACCGGGGGCAGGGGGAAAGCGGGGGGGGGGGGCGGCUCCCCUGGGCCGGGGGAGACGAAGGGAGAUGCCCCGCCGGCCUGCCGUGUCAACGCGGGGGGUUUUGCGCUUUUAACCGCUCCUUUGGCCUCGGGGAGGGGGGGGUCACUUUUAGAAACCCCUCCCCCCUCUCUUCCUCCUCCCCAAGGGGCAGUGGUUUUUUUUUCUUUUUGGGGGGGGGGGAAACUCCCUCCGCCCGCGGAAGGCCGGCCCGAAGAGAGACCGGGGGGCGUGUGUGCUCGGCCGGCUACUCCACCCCGACCCCUCCCUCGCCCCCUUUUUUGGGGAGGGGGGUGGCUUGGUUCGGCUUCGUUUUGGAGGAGUGGUUUUUUUUUCCCCUCCCCCCCUCCGCCCACCCUCGCCCCAUUUAUAAAUCCGCCUCUCGGCUUCCUAAAAGCAAAGCUUAAUUAAAAAGUGCCCACCAAAGCUGCCUCUGGGAGGGAAAUAGCCAGGUGAAAGAGAGAGAGAGAGAGAGAGAAAAGCGCACUCAGUUUCCAUGGACAACCCGUCCAUUAUCACCCAGGUGACUAACCCCAAAGAAGAAGAAAUCCUGUCUUGCUCUCAGGAUAAAGUGUCCCAAUGUAAUCUCAGUUUGAAAAAGCAGAGAAGCAGAAGCAUCUUUAGCACUUUAUUCUGCUGCUUUCGCGACUACAAUGUUGAGUCUCCAUCACCUAAUGGCACCAGUGUCCUUCCUCCCUUGGUGGAAGAAAAUGGCGGGCUUCAAAAGGGUGACCAGAUGCAGGUCAUUCCCAUUCCAAGUCCAUCAGCUAAAUACCUCUUGCCAGAAAUGACAAUAUCUGAUUAUGGGAAGAAAUGUGUGGUCAUUGAUCUUGAUGAAACAUUAGUGCAUAGUUCCUUUAAGCCAAUUAGCAAUGCUGAUUUCAUCGUUCCUGUUGAAAUUGACGGAACUAUACAUCAGGUUUAUGUGUUAAAGCGGCCACACGUGGACAAAUUUCUUCAGAGAAUGGGAGACCUUUUUGAAUGUGUUCUAUUCACAGCCAGCCUAGCAAAAUAUGCAGACCCAGUGGCAGAUUUGUUGGACCGUUGGGGUGUGUUUACGGCUCGACUCUUCCGGGAAUCCUGUGUUUUCCACAGAGGAAAUUACGUGAAAGAUCUUAGCCGGCUUGGACGAGAAUUGAGCAAAGUCGUCAUCGUAGAUAAUUCCCCUGCGUCUUACAUCUUCCAUCCUGAAAAUGCUGUAAGUAAUUUUGAUCUUAAUUUUGCUGUUGAUCAGUCAUUAAGUUGUGUCUGA